AUGGCGCCAAAUCCUUGCCAGCGCUUCCUCCUCCUCCUGCUAGGGGUCUUAACUCUCUUCCCAGUUGUCAAUUCGCGUCUCCCACCCCCCAACCCCACCACUUCAGUUUCCACCUCCUUCCCAUCCACCCCCACUCCAUCUCCGUCGCCAAUUCACAGCGAUCUUGCAGCUCUACCAGACGAAUCCGCACAUCAGGAACAGCUUGACGAUCUCCUCGACUAUCUCCUCCGACUCAUAGAAGCCUUUCAGCAACAGCUUGACGAUUUCGACGACUAUCUCCUCUGGCUAAGGGAAAACUUUCCAGAGCAGUUUAACACUUCCAACAACCAUCUCCUCUGGUUAGGGGGAAACGCGGACCCUGAAGUUGCUUCCCAGAACAGUGAAGAUUCCGACUCGAGCACCAACGAUCCAGUACAGCCCACCAAUUCUCCAUUGGAGUACAACAGUGCCGACAGCGAACGCAAUUCGGUCUUGUUCUACCACCCAAAUUCCCUAGACGAAUUAUUUGGUGCCAACUACAGUGAAUCUGACGAUAGUUCCAACUACGCUGUAUUUGCUUACAGCCUCCCCCAUUACAGAGGUCUCCCUACUAUUUUCGAAGAAGACGAGGAUUCCGACAACGGUGAAUUUGACUACAGUCUCAGAGGUCUCCCUACUGUUUUCGAAGAAGACGAGGAUUCCGACGACGGUGAAUUUGACUCCAGUCUCCCCUAUUACAGAGGUCUCCCUACUAUUUUCGAAGAAGACGAGGAUUACGACAACGGUGACUCCCACAACAGUAACACCGAAGGUCGCUCUGGUCAUUCUCCAGACCAAAACGGCGUCAACGGCGACUCCCACAAUAGUCCCACCGAAGGUCGCUCUAGCUAUUCUCCAGACCAAAACCGCGUCAACAGUGACUCCCACGACAAUACCAGCCCUCAUUACCCCGAAGAAUCCCAUAACAGCGUAAACGGCUUCAACAGUCACUCUCAUUACAGUACUCCCACUGUUCGGAUUCUUGAGCCACGCGAAACUCCCCCCUCUGGUUAUUCUCAAGAACUCCCAAACGGCGUCAACGGUUACUUCCACAACAGUCACACCGAAGGUCGCUCUGGUGAUUCUCAAGAAAACCAAAACAGCGUCAACGGUGACUCUGGCAGCAGUUCUCCCUCUGUCUUUUUUCUCGAGCCAGGCGAAACUACUCCCUCUGGUUAUUCCGAAGAAUCGGAAGAACCCCAAAUCGUCGUCAACGGCAUCUUCCACAAUAGUCACACCGAAGGUCGCUCUGAUUAUUCUCAAGGAUCCCAAAUCGACGACAACGGUGACUCCCACGAUAGGACCACCCCUCAAUACCCCGAAGAAUCCCAUAACAGCAUAAACGGCUUCAACAGUCACUCUCAUUACAGUACUCCCACUGUUCGGAUUCUUCAGCCACGUGAAACUACUCCCUCUGGUUAUACCGAAGAAUCGAAAGAAUCCCAAACCGACGACAAUAGUGAUUCCGAAGAAUCGGAAGAAUCCCAAAUCGACGACAACAGUGAUUCCGACGAAGACAAAAACGGCGACGACAGUGACGACGGUGACGACAGUGAUACCGAAGGUGCCUGUGAUUCUUCUAAAGAAGAUCAAAACAGCCACGAUCGUGACUCUGACAGUAAUAAUAGCGAAGGUCGCUCUGAUUCUCCCGAAGGAGACCAAGAAAGCCACGAUAGUGACUCUGGCGGCAGUGAUAGCGAAGGUCGCUCUGGUUAUUCCAAAGAAUACGACACCGACAACGACUGCGACCCUGACGGUAGUAACACCAAAGGUCCCUCUGAUUCUUCUGAAGAAAGCCAAAGUUCUGGUCGUGAUCACUUCGGCUCUCAAAACCAUAGCGCAGACGGAUCUCAACAAGAGCUUCCCUCUUUGUCCCAUUACACCGGUGGUAAUAUUCCAUCGCCUGAGUUCUUUAAAUCUGUGAUAACUGAGUCGCCUACUAUUGCCGACAUGGCUUCUAAGUCUAAGGAGGAACAGCCCUCUGGGAGCUUCCACCAGGAUUAUAUCGCUUCGAUGCGGUACCGCAAUGAUCUCCCGCCCCCUGAUAUGCCUCCGAAGUUUCUUGACAUACCACACGAAGGCCUGAGCCGCUUCCUUACCCCGGGGUUUGCCUCCAACCUUGCGCGUCGUGAAGAGCCGAACAUUGAUGUCGAUGCCGAGGGUGGCAUGCCUAUUGACCUGGUUGGGAUUCCAGGUCUGCAUCUCGGAGACGAGAGUGCGAUCAUGGCUCCGGAAAAUCCGCAGCCGAUCGACCCUGCGGAUCUGCCACUCCUGAUGCCCCUCGAUCAACUUCGUCACCCUGCACCAAAGAACACAAACGUCAGCUUUCUUCGCCGAACUCAACAUAUUUCUGUCGAGCGCAGCGCUCCCUCAAUUUCUGGCACCACCCUUGUCGCCAACCAAACUCGCUCUAUCAAAAAAGCAAAGGUUUCACUCGAUGAUCCAAAGAACGUGAAAAAGCUUGUCCAGAAAGGCUUUGAUGUCUUCUACCCGGAGAGCAAGUACACUGGCGAGGAUACAGAGAGCCGAGUCCGGGGUCUCCCCGCCACCAAGGCUGAGCUUGAUGCCUGGGCCAACCCUGUUCACCCUGAUAAUCCGAAGCUGAAGUUUGUUGGCUUCUUCCCUGUUCUUCCAGAUCUCGAUGGCUUCACAGAUCCCGGAGGUUUGGUCCAAUUCAAGUUUGACAAAGCACCAGUGUCGGCUGUCGGUGGUAAGCGGGAUAAGCGUAUGGAUGUGGCUUUGCUGCACCCAUCGGCUCCAGAAGAACGAAUUUGCGAGGAGCAUGCGCAAAAGGCAGCCCUUCACAAAGCCAACCCUGAGGUCUAUCCUGACCCUGGUCCCGUCCCCUGGGACUAUGAUCUCUUCCUGUCCGAAAAGUCAGAGUCGGUGCCGAAAAUUGCCACCAGCAUGGAUCCAAAGCACCCGAACCGCGAUAAUGAUGAUCUCUAUGGUCACGAGGGGGCCGAGGGCAAUAAAUUCCACCGAUACGAUCGUGUCCGGACUUACGCUACAAGUGCUCAGACCAUCAACACCGACAACAAACAGAGAGAUAUUGCUCUCACUAUGUUUGAGCCAACUGAGGGCAAGGAUAAGCAGCAGGCCGCUUACUAUUAUUGCAUCUUGGGCAAGACGCGCCUUAAGCCUGAGCGGGCCCGUACCAUUGCCCAAGCGGGGUUGGCCCCUACUGCUUCUCAGGUGAAGGAAGACCAAGUCGACCAGAUGCAGGUCGCUGUCCGUGACCCUGACGAGUCGGAAGUCUACAAGCGUGCUCUUCACCGCGCGAAUAUCGAUCCGGAGUUUGCAAAGACCCUUGGUCCGCCCCCCGAGCCCCCUGUCGCUGAAGAGGGUGAGGAGGAGGUAGCCGAGCAGGCAGAUUCUCCCGAUGAUGAGGCGGGUGAUCAAAUGAGCGACGAGUAG